AUGUUCUCCCAGGUCGCGAGGUGCCACCUGGCAACGCCGCAAAGCCACAGGGUCCUGCGGCAGUUCUCCUCAUCGUCCCCGCGGCAGAUCGACUACACGCACGCCGUCGUCGGUGGUGGCGUGGUGGGCCUAGCCGUGUGCCGCGCCCUCUCAGCACGACCCGGCACCAGCACUCUGCUGCUCGAGCGCCACUCUGCCGUUGGCACCGAGACCUCGUCUCGCAACAGCGAGGUCAUCCACGCGGGUAUCUAUUACGGCCAGGGCACGCUCAAGACGGAGCUCUGCGUCCGGGGCCGCGGCCUGCUGUACGACUUUUGCCGCACCCGCUCCGUGCCCCACCGGCAGACUGGUAAGUGGAUCGUCGCGCAGGACGAAACGCAGCGCGAGGCCCUCGGGCGCAUUUACGAGCACGCUGGCCGGCCGGGGAUCGGCGUGCCGCUGCGCUGGGUCGGGCGCGAAGAGGCGCGGCGGCGCGAGCCCGACGUCCGCGCUGAAGCGGGCGUACUCGAGAGCCCCGAGACGGGUAUCGUGGACAGCCACGCCCUGAUGCUGGCGCUGCAGGGAGAGUUUGAGGAGAACGGAGGGGACGUGGCGCUGCUGUCGCGCGUGGUCAGCGUCGAGCCCCUCGGCGGCGGUAGGGGUUGGUCGCUGGCCGUGAGGAGCAACGAUGAGACGACCACCAUCACCGCCGAGACGGUCAUCAACGCCGCCGGCCUGGGCGCUGUCGACCUGCACAACAUGAUUGUGCCCUCGGCGCGGCACCUGAGGAUGUUCUACGCCAAGGGGAACUACUUUUCGUAUGGGGCGUCGCGGCCUCGCGUGGGGACGCUGGUCUAUCCGGCUCCGCCGACCUGGUUCGGUCCCGACGUGGAAUGGGUAGACUCGCCUAAUGACCUUGCUGUGAACUCUGCCAGACUCCCCGAAGCAAUUGCCGAGAUUAAGCAAUAUCUUCCUGGCGUUGACGAGCAGGCCCUGACGCCAGACUACGCUGGCAUCAGGCCCAAGCUGGGAGAGAGAGGCGCUGUUGUUUCGGGGAGUGGCUUUUUGGAUUUUGUUAUUCGGAAGGAGGAUGGAUUCGAGGGCUGGAUCAACCUUCUGGGCAUCGAGAGCCCUGGACUAACAAGUAGCCUUGCGAUUGCAGAAGAAGUUGAAAGAUUGUUAUAUAGAUGA